UUUCCAAAUCGCAUCGUCAUCCUACACGCGAACCACGCCUCCGGCCCGAUUCACCAGGAGCGAGUCCCUCUCCGGGCAGCAGCAGAUGGGGGCGACGGGCGACUCGGAAGUGGCGGCGGCGGAAGGGGCGGCGGCGGGGUGCCGCGCGCGGGCGGCGCUGCUGGGCGCGUACGAGCUGGGCCGCACGCUCGGGGAAGGCAACUUCGGCAAGGUGAAGCAGGCGCGGCACCGCGCCACCGGGGAGCACUUCGCCGUGAAGAUCCUGGACCGCGGCAGGGUGCUCUCCCUCCGCGGCGCCGACGACCAGGUCCGCAGGGAGAUCGCCACGCUCACCAUGCUCGCGCACCCCAACGUCGUCCGCCUCCACGAGGUUGCUGCUAGCAAAACAAAGAUCUAUAUGGUGCUUGAGUUUGUCAAUGGAGGCGAACUUUUUGACAGGAUUGCAAUAAAGAGAAAGCUAUCUGAACGAGAAGGAAGGAGGCUUUUCCAGCAGCUAAUUGAUGGUGUGAGCUAUUGCCAUGGAAAGGGUGUCUACCACAGGGACCUCAAGCCUGAAAACGUUCUUAUUGACCGGAAAGGCAACAUCAAGAUCUCUGAUUUUGGUCUCAGUGCUUUACCCCAACAUCUCGGAAAUGAUGGAUUGCUGCAUACAACCUGUGGUAGCCCCAACUAUAUUGCUCCUGAGGUUCUGCAGAACAGAGGUUACGACGGAUCAUUGUCGGAUAUCUGGUCUUGUGGAGUAAUUCUUUACAUAAUGCUCGUAGGACACCUACCGUUUGAUGACCGAAAUAUGGUUGUUCUUUAUCAGAAGAUUUUCAAGGGUGACGCUCAGAUCCCGGAGUGGCUUUCUCCCAGUGCACAAAACCUUCUUCGGAGGAUUCUUGAACCAAAUCCGAGGAAGAGGAUUAACAUGGCAGAGAUCAAAAUGCACGAAUGGUUUCAGAAGGACUAUAUUCCUGUUGCUCCAUAUGAUGAUGAUGAUGAAGAUGUACGGCUUGGUGCAAUUCUACCUAUCAAACAGCAAAUUAGUGAAGCACCCGGCGACAAGAGUACUCAUCAGAUGAACGCUUUUCAGCUGAUCGGAAUGGCAUCUUCCCUUGAUCUUUCAGGUUUAUUUGAGGAAGAGGGAGUGUCCCAGAGAAAGAUCAGGUUCACAUCAGCACAUCCACCGAAGGAUUUGUUCGACAAGAUUGAAGUGUCCGCGACGCAGUCAGGGUUCCAUGUUCAGAGAGCACAUAGCAAGCUCAAAAUAACGGGCAAUUGCAAUGGACCGAACAACCCCACACCAUUCUUAGUCUGUGCCGAGGUAUAUAUUCGGCGAGCUGAACCUUUCUUCUGUGAAACGCGUGGGAAGGGUAACCAAUGGAGAUCAACUGUUAACAUCUGUGGUGCUGUUUCUUUUUCUUGUCCCAGGUUUUUGUGCUUGGCCCCUCUCUGCAUGUUGUGGAGCUUAGGAAGUCCCAUGGUGACACUGCAGUGUACAGACAGCUCUGCGAUAGGAUCUCGAGUGAUCUGGGGAUUGACAAGACUUUCGGGAUGGGCUCGCUCUUCGACGACAACCUCCCUGGCUUCGACAGCAGAGCAACGACACCACUGGUUGCCUUGUGAUGAGUGUUGUGCUGUAGGUACCCCAACUGACAUGAUGUUGUAGGACGCUAGGAUCAUAGCUGUUUAUUGAUUGGAAAUGACGGUGAUGGUGUAAGGAUUAGGAUCGUACGGUGUACAGAACUAUAUACAUAUAGUCAAGUCGUGAAAUUGACUAUCAGUGAUGUAAUCGUUUUUUGCACGAAAGGGCCAAAGGCCUUUUAUAUGAAAGCCGACCAACCUUUACAA